AUGGCGCCUCUCAAUGUCUUGAUCGUGGGCUGCAGCAUUGCUGGACCGACGCUAGCCACGUUCUUGCUCAUGUCGCCAGUACCUACGUCUGAAAAGCCGCGAAUCACCGUGUUGGAGAGAGCAUCCGUCUUUCGACCUCAAGGCCAAAACAUCGACGUCCGCGGCGCUGGUGUAACCAUCAUUCGUAAGCUCGGCCUCGAGCCCGCCAUCCGGGCAGCUACCACUGGCGAAGAAGGGGUGCAGUUGGUUGAUAGGGAGAAUCGAGUAUGGGGAGCUUUCGAGGCGGACAAGAGUGGAAAGACGCAGACGCCGACGAGUGACAUUGAGAUUCUGCGAGGCCGACUGGCACAACUGCUACUCCACCGGAGCCAGAAAGUCAAUGAAGAAGUCCAGGCCGACGGCGGCGCUGGCAUCGAGUACAUCUUUGGCGAUUCUCUUGAUCAUCUGGAACAAGAUGGCGACAAGGUACACGUUCACUUCGCCAAAAGCGGGGAGAGGCGCACUUUUGAUUUGGUUGUAGGAGCAGAUGGUGUUCAAAGUCGAACUCGAAUCCUGGCGUGGGGCGAGGACGGCGAGGAAAACAGGAAGAGAAGGCUCGGGUUAUACGGAGGCUUCUUCAGCAUGCCUCGUGGUCCAACCGACACGGCAUGGCGUCGCUGGUUCCAUGCACCUGGUCGACGGGGCAUCAUGAUCCGUCCAUCUGGUACGGAAGACAAGACAACUGUGUUCAUGACCGUCGUCAACGAGAAAGACGAACGGCUGCGGGCUGUCUUGGAGAAAAAAGGUGGAAGCACGGAUGCUCAAAAAGCCAUUCUGAAAGAGUAUUUUCAGGGCCUCGGAUGGGAGACGGAUCGCGUCAUCAAGGAGAUGAUUGCCACAGACGACUUCUACUACGACGCAGUUUGUCAGAUCAAGAUGGAGAAAUGGAGCAAGGGGAGAGUCGUGCUCUUGGGUGAUGCUGGGUACUGCGCUUCUCCUCUAUCCGGCAUGGGGACGACUUUGGCAAUGAGCGGUGCUUACAACCUGGCGGGUGCGAUUCUACGGCACCCGGACAAUCUGGAGGCCGCCUUUGGCGACUACGAAGAGAAGAUGCGCCCUACUGUUGCUCGCGCACAGAAAUUGGCGCCAGGUAUGCCUCAUUUGGUCCAUCCUGAGACGGCCUGGGGAGUCUGGUUUCUGAACACCAUCGUGUUUGUUAUCUACUGGUCAGGGCUGUUUUCCUUUGUGGGAAAGUUCAUUGGACCGCCGGCAAACAACGUCCCGGUUGAAGAAUACGGGUUCAUAUCAUUGCCGAAUUAUAAGGAUUAA